GAUAUAAUAACUAAUGAGAAAGAAUAGUCACAUCAAAUACUUAUUUAUAAAUAUGAGUUUGUGUCUGAACUUGGUGAAAAUUUUAGUGUACAUAAAAUUAUGAUGCACUAUUAUUUCCCAAUAAUAAAAUAUUUUCUUCCCUUUGCCUGAAAUGGAUGACAUUAAAAUUCAUAAUCUACUUCACUUAAUUCUUAUGCUUAAAUCAGAGUACUUAAAAUUGUUCAAUAUAAUUAUUAGUAUACACAGCUACAUAGCAUUUACAGUGAUGUACUAAUGAUCCUGCCUUCCUGCCUUAACAUCCCUGAGUAAGUGGAUUAUAUUGCUAAAUAACAAAGCUUAAUUUCUAUAGGUUUCCACUUUCUCUUGCAGCCAGCAGCCUCCUUGGAAACUGAGAAGGAACAUGGCCAAUUUCACUACAGUGAGUGGGUUUCUCCUCAUGGGAUUUUCUGCCAAGCCUGAGCUAGAAGUCUUAUGGGCCUCUCUGUUCUUAGUCUUAUACUUAGUGGCUUUAACUGGCAACACACUCAUUAUCGCUGCAACUUCCAUGGAUGACAGUCUCUACUCCCCUAUGUAUUUCUUCCUCAAACAUCUUUCCUUCUUAGAUAUAUGCUAUAUCUCUGUGACGGUACCAAGGUCCAUUUGUAACUCUUUCAGGCAUACUAGCAGUAUUUCCCUCUGGGAAUGCAUACUGCAAUGUCUGGCUUUUGUUCUCUGUGCAUCUGCUGAGCUGGCCAUGCUCACAGUGAUGUCCUAUGAUCGCUACGUGGCCAUCUGCCUUCCCCUGCGCUAUGAAAUCAUCAUGAAUGUCAACACCUGUAUUCACGGAAUCCUAGCCGUCUGGAUCAGUGGAGUCGUCUCUGGAGUUAUGCAUACAUCUGCUACUUUCUCCAUCCACUUCUGUGGUGCCAACGUCAUCCACCAGUUCUUCUGUGAGGUUCCCCAGCUCCUAAAACUCGCCUGUUCUGAUGAAUAUGUCAGUGAGCUUGGGGUCACGGCCUUUCUGUCCUUGGUGGUACUUCUUUGCUUCCUCUCCAUUGGAUUCUCCUACACACGCAUAUUCUCUACUGUGCUGAGGAUCCCAUCUGCCGAGGGGAGAGCCAAGGCCUUUGCCACUUGCCUCCCCCAUCUAGCUGUGGUCACACUGUUUCUCUCUACUGGUGCCUUUGAGUUUCUGAAGCCACAUUCUGACUCUCCAACUGCAUUAGACUUUUUGCUUACUCUUUUUUAUACUGUUCUGCCUCCCACACUUAAUCCGAUGAUCUAUAGCCUGAGAAACAAAGCCAUGAAGGCAGCUCUACAAAGGGUUGUUAAAAGAAGAAAAGCUACCUCUUUUGCUGAGUCACGUCUAUCCCUUCCUCAUUAA